AUGGUGAAAGUAACGAAAGCGACUUCGAAUCCCGACCAUUACUCCUCCAUCACGUCGUACAUCAACGAACCUUUGGAAAAGAUAACGCCACCGGAACGACCGAGAACGAGCAAAGAUGAGAUGUAUAAAGUUCCCGGGUUUAAGAGUAAAGAUGGAUCAGUGAGUACGGGAGGCGUGGCAUCUAUUCACGUGAAACAGAACGUCGCGCAAGCGUUGGCGACGUUGAGACACACGUUCACGGUGUGCGACGCGACUGCUCCGGAUUGCCCAAUCGUGUACGCCUCGGAUUCGUUUUUGCAAAUGACUGGAUAUCCGUCCGAGGAAAUCAUCCAUCAUAACUGCAGGUUUUUACAAGGGAAAGAUACGGACCCAGAGAGCGUGAAAAAGUUAAGAGACGCGGUGAAAGCUGGGGAGAGAGUGUCGGUGAGGUUGUUGAACUAUCGCAAAGACGGGACGCCGUUUUGGAACUAUCUGACAAUCGCGCCGGUAAAGUUGGCGGACGGGACGGUGGUGAAGUACAUCGGGGUGCAAGUAGACGUGACGGAUAAGACGGAAGGGAACGUGGCACCGUCGGUUUUGAAAGACAACGAUGGGUUUCCUUUACUCGUGAGAUACGAUGCGCGUUUAGCCGCGCAGAAUUUGGGCGCGUUUACCGAGGUGGAAGAAGCGGUGUUGAGCGCGACUGGUUUAAAGAGUUCAAAGUCGUUCGAUGACGAUCAGCAAGCUUUAACAAGUCGUAGUGGGAUGGAUAUGGCGUCUACUUUAGAGCGGAUUCAAGAAUCAUUCGUUAUUACCGAUCCGAGUUUGCCGGAUCACCCGAUCGUGUUCGCCUCGGACGGUUUCUUAUCGUUUACGGGAUACACCAGAGAGGAAAUUUUAGGACGAAACUGUCGGUUUUUACAAGGAAAAGAUACCGAUCAAAACAGCGUGAAAGCUAUAAGAGACGCGAUCGAUGCCGGGAGUGAAGUGACGGUCAGGUUACUAAAUUACACGAAAAAUGGUCGUCCAUUUUGGAACAUGUUUACGUUAGCGCCGGUGAGAGACGACGAAGGCAAAGUGAGAUUCUUCGCCGGAGUACAAGUCGACGUCACCGUGUACGAUGACGACGGGACGGAAAGAACGGUGGCGUCUUUUGAUAAAACAGAAACCGCAGAGAGAGAGCAAGAGGAAUAUUCCAAGAAAGCCGCCUCGAAUAUUGCCACGGCGACGAACAACGACGCCGCAGAUAAAUUACCGUGGGAAGGUUUACUCGGCAGUUUGAACGGUCCGAAACCACACCGGAUGGGCGAAUGCGAAAGAGAGUGGAAAGCGUUGAUUGCCGUUGUAAACUCGGCUGCAUCAGCUGGAAGAGCAAAGGCGAACGCAUCCGCAGCGGAAACAGGAAGACAACUCACGUUGGCAGAUUUUAAGCCCGUGCAACGAAUCGGCCAAGGCGACGUCGGAUCGGUCCAUCUCGUCACGCUCAAAAAAGGAAACGAUACUACUCAACAAGAAACAAAUAGCAAAACGAAAGAAAAUACAUCAACAAAAACAAUAACGAACGAAUUAAGCAUCGACGGUGAGGAGAAACCGCUAAAAUUUGCCAUGAAGGUGCUAACGAAGCAAGAGAUGAUUGAACGAAACAAGUUGCACCGUCUACGAACCGAGUCGACAAUCUUACAAAUGUGCGACCAUCCUUACUUGGCAACUUUGUUCACCGCGUUUCAUUCCGAAACGCACGUGUACUUUUUGAUGGACUAUUGCGAAGGCGGCGAAUUGUACGAAUACGUCCAGUCGCAACCUGGGAGACGCUUGCCGGAGAAACACGCAAAGUUUUACAGCGCAGAAGUAUUGCUCGCGUUGCAAUAUUUGCACUUGUUAGGCUUCGUUUAUCGCGAUUUGAAACCAGAAAACGUUUUGUUACGAAGCAACGGGCACUGCGUUAUUACUGAUUUUGACUUGUCUUUUGUGGCGUCGAGUCGACCGCACAUGGUCAUGAAGGACGAAAUGCCGAAAUGGAGACCAAUUGAUCAAGCACUCGUCACCGAAAAGAAGAAACAGAGCAGUAGUAACCCCGACGGCGGUAAAAAUAGUUCCUCCCCGUCAUCCGCCGCUGAAACCGCUGCAGCUGCUGCUGCUAAAGAAACAAAGAAAAACAACAAUAAAAAAUCCGCUUCGCUCUCGAAACCGCCAAAGUUCAAAUCUGGAACGCAAAAUCCAGUCCUAAUUGCGGAACCGUUUGCGUUUACAAACUCUUUCGUCGGUACCGAGGAGUAUUUGAGUCCAGAAGUUCUCUCCGGCGCCGGACACUCUGCGCCGGUCGAUUGGUGGGAACUUGGAAUUUUCAUCUACGAAUUAGUCUACGGCACGACGCCUUUCAAAGCAAACAGACGCGAGCAAACGUUUGAAAACAUCAUGAAUAAACAACUCGCGUUUCCGGAGCGACCGGAAGUUUCGCAAAGCUUGAAAGACAUCGUGACUAAAUUACUGGAGAGAGACCCGACGAGACGAUUGGGAACGUUCGGCGGCGGGGAAACCAUCAAAUGUCACGACUUUUUCGGCGACAUAAACUGGGCUUUAAUCCGGUGGGAAACGCCACCGUACGUCCCCGCAGAUGCCGCAAUGGCGGCGGCUAAAGGAGACGAAGGUCAGGGAGAAGAGAAAGCUUCUUCUUCUUCAGCGAAAUAA